AUGAUAAACUCAUAUGACCAUCAUACACCAUUGUUCUUGAACGAUUAUAAUACAAUUGAAGAGCCAAGUGAUAAGGCUAGCUCACCCGAUGCAUAUAUGAAAAAAAUUCGAAAAAUAAGGGACAACGGAUAUCAUGGCCCAUUAGGAAUUGGGCUUGAAUCCCAUUUCAAUACACCCAAUUUAGCUUACAUGAGAGCUUCCAUCGAUAAACUUGCAACCCUAAGUCUCCCCAUUUGGCUCACAGAAAUUGAUGUUGGUUCUUCUCCUGAUCAGGCAAAUUUAUUGGAUCAAGUGUUGAAAGAAGGGCAUGGGCAUCCUGCAGUUGAAGGACUAGUAAUAUGGGCAGGAUGGAAACCAACAGGAUGCUAUAGAAUGUGUUUGACUGAUAAUAAUUUCAAUAAUCUUCCAACAGGAAAUGUCGCAGAUAGAUUUUUGAGACAGUUUAUACGCAUCGAUGACCAUCUCGACGUGACCGACGAUAUGGGUUAUUUUGAGGCAAGACUUUUUCAUGGAGAAUACUCAUUGAGAGUCAAUAAUACAACUUUAGAACGUUACAUGAACCUCAAUGAAACUAAGGAGUUUGGUUUUAACGUAACAAAUCAUUCGGACAAACCUCGACACCAAGUUCAACUUAUUACAGUUUGA